GAGGGGUCGGGGAAUCGCUGGGCCGUCCGCCGCCACGAAUCUCGGUCGGCUCUCUAGCUCUUUACUGUAAAGUAGCACGUACUGUCUGUCGCGGCAAACGAAGCUCAUGCAGCUGCAUAGACAGGAAUAACCGUCGUUUCUGGGGAUUUUUCAACAAUUUCUGACAUUUUACUUUCAUCCCCAUUCUGAGUGAGCCAACGCACGGUACCGUAGUUCAGCGGAACAAUCAAAAUACAGAGACUGAGUGAAGGCGAAGCUUUUGUUUUGGUCUAGCAGCUGCAGUACUCAAAUAACGUCAGUAUCUUCUCAAAGAGUCAAAAUUAUCGGUAUCUAGUUUUGACUCGCUGUGCAUGGACAUUGGUUAAAUGUGCCAAACAUGGACGUUGAAUCCUGGACCUGCAAGGAUGUGGCCAAGUGGUUAUCCACCAACGGCUUCAGUCAGUACUCGCGUCAACUGUGCACCGACCACAUGAUCGACGGUCAGGCAUUACUGCUUCUGUCCGAAGCCGACCUGCGCAGUCCUCCCGUCUCUCUGAAAGUCCUCGGAGAUAUCAAACGCCUGAUCCAUCAGAUCGAUCUUUUAAAACGUCACAUUGGCAAUCAAGGGCAGAUAUCAAAUGGUUUUGCCCCGUCAACAAACACUGCCCGGAUAACCAAUCAGAAUCACGUCAGAGCGGAUGAGGUGAAUCAGUCAAAGAAACACCUUGCAACGAGAUUAGAACCGGAAGUCUUCAAGACCGUCUUAAGCAUCAUCUACGUCACCUUGGUGUUCCUCCUCACAGCCUUUGUCCUGACUGUCGUGCAUGACCGAGUGCCUGAUAUGGAGAAGUACCCUCCAUUGCCAGACAUCGUCCUGGAUAGUAUUCCGUUGAUUCCUUGGGCGUUUCAAGCCUGUGAACUCUGUGGUAUCAUUCUUGCUGUUCUGUGUUUUCUAGUCCUCUUCCUUCACAAGCACAGGAGCAUUGUGAUGAGACGUCUCUUUGCCAUCGCAGGGACGGUGUUUCUACUUCGGUGUGUGACAAUGUUUGUGACAUCACUCUCAGUGCCUGGUAUGCAUUUACGGUGCUCAGCCAAAGUCUAUGGUACUGUGUGGGACAAACUGUCCAGAGCAGUAGAGAUCUGUUUGGGUCUAGGUAUGUCCUUGACUGGUGUUCAUACAUGCGGAGACUACAUGUUCAGCGGACACACGACUUGUAUAACCCUUGCCAACUUCUUCAUUACGGAAUAUUCCCCACGCAAGUUCCACAUCCUUCACACCGCAACGUGGGUGAUCAACCUGUUCGGGAUCUUCUUCAUCCUCGCCGGCCACGAGCACUACACCAUCGACGUCUUCAUCGCCUUCUACAUCACCUCGCGCCUCUUCCUCUACUACCAUACCCUCGCCAACAACCGGGCCCUCCGACAGGGGGGCGACGAGCGGGUCAGGGUCUGGUUCCCUAUGUUCUCGUUCUUCGAGGCGAACGUCGACGGUAUCGUUCCGAACGAGUAUGAGUUCCCCCUCCCCUCUUUAACGAAGAUCAUGGAGCGUAUCAGGGAAGGUCCGGUCAACAGACCAGCCAAAAGGCCUAAAGGGAAGGCAAGAUAGUCUAAGACUUUGGUUGUGGAAAUAUGUUGUGACGUGGGGCAUGGUGGUCUUGUGGUUAAGACUCUUGUCUUUCAAUCUGAAGGACGUGGGUUCGUUUCCCAGCCAUUGCGUGUUUUCCUACAGCAAGAAAUUUAUCCACACUGUCCUGCACUCAACCCAGGUGAGGUGAAUGGGUACCAGCAGGAAGUAAUUCCUCAAAAAGCUGUUCGCACCGGGAUCGGUAGACCAGCUUAGCCGAGGUAAUAUAGGAGUGCCUUGAGCACCUUGUGCGCUAUACAAAUCGUAUAUUAUUAUAUAUUGUUAUCCAUAACUCUUCUGUAUUUUUUCCCUAUCGACAUCUUUCACAUCCUUCUCCAUUGAUAAAGUGUCUUACUCCUGGCUUUUGGAUUGUGCUGUGCUCUGAUGUCAAGUUAUUGUUUUAAUGACACUGGUGUCAAGUUCUAGUAUAAUAACAUAUGACACAUGUUAUUAAGCUAGAACUUGACACCAGUCUUGCAAGUCUGUUGUCAAGUUGACUUUUGAGUGACAUUGGUGUCAAGUUAAAUAACAUGAUGUGUCCAUCUUGCGUAAAACUCUGGUUCAGAUUGAUUUGAAAUAGUGUUCAUUUCUCAACUCUGGUGCCACAGUUGAUUUUGAACAACAUUGGUAGCAAAUUUAGUUUUACAUGUGUCCAUCUUGCAACUCUGGCAUCACGUUGAUUUGGAAUGACUGUGGUGUCAAGUUUAGUUUUAAAUCCUGAGUCCAUCCUGCAUCACUUCUCAACUCGGGUGGCACAGUUGAUUUUGAACAACAGUGAUAUCAAAUUCAGUUUUGAAUAAUGUGUCCAUCUAGCAACACCAGUGACAUAUUGAUGUUUGAUAGUGUAACCAGCCACUCUGGUGUCAAGUUGAUUUUAAAUGGCUCUGGUGUCAAGUUUAGUUUUUAAUGAUGUGUCCAUCCUGCAUCACCAGUGACAUAUUGUCAAUGUUGAGUUGGGGGGGGGGGGGGGAGGUCGAAGUGAAGAAUAAAAGCACUUUCAGCAAUGUAUUUAUUAUGCAAUGAGCCAGGUGUGUUGGUAUGUCAGUAAAUCAACUUUCAUCAGGUAUUGUGAAGUCUCCCCCCCAUCCAGCGAAUUGGUCUAUAUAUCAGGGAUGCUACUUAGGCUUGAUAAAAAUAGUCUGAAAACCAUAUAUAUCUACAAAAAAGGGUGUUUCAUAUGGCCAAACAUACAUUUAAAGGAAAAGUUCACCCUGACAAAAACAUUAUUGUAAAUAAAGCAGAAAAAUAAUUCAAAAAUAUUGCCAAAGGUUUUAGGAAAGUCCAUCAAGGAAUAAAAAGUUAUCAGAAGUUUAAUUAUUUGAUUUGUGAUGUCAUAUAUAUGCAAGCAGCUUUCAUACAUAGACAUUGUAUUGUAAGAAAUAAAUUGUCAUUUUCUCAGAAAAUUGAAAAUGGUUUUUAUUGUAUAUCAAUAGACAAAUCAUUUCACACCUGCUCCAAAAAGAAAAAAAAGUCAUCAAGAACCAUUAAAAAAUUUAUGCAUUUUAUGAUACAUAACAUAUGGGGCAGCUACUCGUAUAUGACAUCACAAAUCAAAAUAUAAAAAGUCUAAUAACUUAAUCUUUGAUAGAUUUUCCUCAAACCUUCACCAAUAUAUAUAUAUUUUUUUAAUACUAUUUUAACAACAAACUUUUCUCCAGGGUAAACUUCCACUUUAAAAAUUCUGAAUUCCGACUUAACUCUAAAUAAUGGCAUUCCUGAUACACAUGUAUAGCUGGACGUGUGUAGAAGACUGCUUUUUUUUCCACUAAAAGCAGUACUGGUAUGCCCUUCAUUCUUUAAAAAAUUGUAAGCUUGGCUUGAAGAUUGGAAAUCUACUCAGUUGUUUCACACUCUUGUGUCUUACUCUUAUCAUAAGUAAUCAAGGAUGUGGCAUGGUGAAUAUUCUAUGGUCGGAUAUCCUGUACCCAUUCACCAAUAACAGGAAGAAUCGUAGGUCAAAGGUCAGUAGAGUGUAAGUUUCAUUGUUGAGAUUGCUAUUAUCAUGUGUAUAAUCUGUGAUGUUAUUCGUCAACGUUUGGAGUACAAUACCUGUUGGCGCAGGAAAGCGAUUGUGCAAUAAAAAUGAAUGUACCUGUUUAAAAAAUGACGUCACAUUCCUACUGUUUAAAAGGGUAAUAGCACGUUUUUUCCCCUUAUACCCAGAUCAUAUACUGGGGGCCGUUUCAUAAAGCUCUUCGUAAGAUAAGAGCGACUUUAAGAACGACUGGUGAACCUUUCUUACGCGCUAAACCAUCACCAAUUAAUAUACCAUUUAUCACAAGAAAGGAUCAACACUCGUUCUGAAUGUCUCUCUUAACUUACGAACAGCUUUAUGGUUUUUUUCUGGACUGUUUGUGUUUAAUAAUCAUAAUAAUCUAAAGUUUAUAUUGUGCACAGAUAUGUAUAAAACUGCAAUUUGAAACAGUUUACAACUAAUAUUUCACAAAUAUGUUUUAUAUCAUGCUUGAAAGCACAAUAUCUUUCACUUAAUUUAUACAUGUGUGUACAGUACAUGUAUUUUGUUAAAAUCGGAAAGCAAAAUCUUGCAUGUAUUUUAUUUUAUAUUUUCAUUACAAUUAUGUACCAAAGAUAAAACGAAGCAUUGCAUAUGGGCAAUUCCAUAAAAGAAUCCACCAUUUUGUACAUCUGACCCCUAUUUUUCUCAAUUCCUACUUCACUUCAUAAACUGACGAAAUCAUGAUCAUUUGAGAGCAUUCAAAAGAACAAGAAAUCAGAGACAGACAAUCUCAUGAAGGUCCCAGAUAUAUGGAAUCAGACGUAUAUUUUAUGGAAUUGCUCAUACGAGUAUAGGCCCAAAUUUCCCUUAAACUUGUUUACUUAGCACUACAGUACACCAAACAAGUGUAGAACAUGUACAUGUAAUUCUAUUCCCAUUGACUCUCACUGUCUUUGUUUUAAUAUGCACAUAGCCCUUUUUAAGCAUAUCUUGAUCAUAAUUGUUUUUAGUGUUUUGUUUGCUGUGCAUAUGAAACCUCAUGAUUUCUCUGUUUUAAUUGUGUUUUAGUUGCUGUUUCGGUUGAUUUUAAAUGGAGUAAUGAAGGACGACAUCAUUUUGGAGGACAUUUUAGCAAUUUUUAUUUUAUAUCUUGGAGGAGCACGUUGAAUUUGCAUAUGAGUUAUUACAGUUAAUAUCUUGAAAACAUAUAUAUGUAUGUUUUAUUUCAUGAAAAAUUGAUCUAUUAUAUAAUUAUGUUUGAAAUUAUAUAUUCUGUUUGUGGAGGGAGUGUUUUUAUGUUUGAAAUUGUGUAAUUACGUGUAUGUGAGGAAAGAUAGAUGUACAACCUCACAAGUCAACUUCAUAAACCAAAUAUGAAAAAUUCUGACAGUAUAUGCUGCUUUUAAAUUAGAUCUUCAUUUUAUUUCAUAGAUAUUAGUAAGUUGCAAUGAUGAAUUAUUUGGGUUACAGUUCUCUAAAUUUUAGUGAAUUUUAAAAAUUUUGUCCGGAGACCAGAAAGUGGAGAAAUGUGAAGUAUUUUUGUUAAUUAUUUAUUCAAUCAAUUGUUUUGCACAAUGAGAGGAGAAAUGUAUAACCUUAUUUAUGAAUAGUCAUAAAACAUGCACAAGCAGUACUGGUUAUAUUUUUUCAUGUAUUACAUAAUUGACUGAGGGUAGAUGCAUAUAUAUUUCCAAUAUCUAUUUUUAAUAAACAUUUAUGAUAUUUAAGUGUACUUCACAAUUUUGAUUAAAGACUAUUUAUGCAACAC